GGAAGAGCAAGACUACUACCUUUAAACCAUUGUUAUAGAAUUGAAAGUAGCUGAGAAAAUGACAGACGUUAAUAACAGUAUACAUGAUUCUGUGAAAGAUUAUUAUGGUAAAGUUUUGAAGACAACUGAUGAUCUGAAAACACCAGCAUGUUCUACUGGAGAAAGUCGUAUGAGUCAAACAGUUAAAAAGGCUCUUGGCGAGGUUCAUGAUGAAGUCACCAUCAAAUAUUAUGGCUGUGGAUUAGUGAUACCUGAGAAAGUAGAAGGAUGCAGAAUAUUAGAUCUAGGUAGUGGAAGUGGUAGAGAUUGUUUUGCUCUGAGUAAACUGGUUGGUGAAGAUGGUUAUAUUGUUGGAUUAGACAUGACAGAUGAACAGUUAACAGUAGCUAGAAAAUAUAUAGAUUACCACACAGAAAAAUUUGGUUUUAAAAAAGCUAACGUUGAAUUUGUAAAGGGAUAUAUUGAAAAAAUCCUUGAAGCUGGAAUUAAAGAAAAUGAUUUUGAUUGUGUAAUAUCUAAUUGUGUUGUAAAUCUGUCACCAGAUAAGAAGGCAGUGUUAUCAGAUGCUUAUAAAGUUUUGAAGGUUGGUGGUGAGUUAUAUUUUAGUGAUAUUUAUUGUGAUAGAGAUCUUCCAGAAUCAGCAAGAAAACAUGAAGUUUUGUGGGGUGAAUGUGUAUCAGGAGCACUAUGGUGGAAAGAACUAUAUAAACUAGCGGAAGAGAUUGGUUUCAGUCAACCUAGAUUAGUAACAGUUACUCCAGUACCUAUAGAAAAAGAAGAGUUUAAAAAGGUCCUGGGUGAUGCCAAGUUUGUAUCAGUGACAUACAGAUUAUUUAAAUUACCAGAGAAACAUGAACAGGCUAGACAAGUUAUAUAUAAUGGUGAUAUCACAGACCAUAAGUCACAAUUACAAUUUGAUGUUAAACAUACAUUUAAGACUAGUGAUCCAGUAGCAGUUGAUGGAAUAUUAAGUACUGUACUACACUGUUCAAGAUUUAAAGAUGAAUUUGACUUUCAACCAUGUUCUGCCAAGUCUAAUUGUUGCGCUGAAAAAGUUGACAUGGAAAUGGAUCCAUUUGUUUAUCUAAACCACUUAGAAUCUUCUGGCAAACUUCCAACUGCUGCCUGCUGUACUUCUAAAUGUUGUUAAUGUUUCUCACCUGCAUUCCUGACAUAAUAUUAUGAUAUGAUUACUUACUAAAACAAAUACUUACCAUUUUACUAAUAUAAUUCCCAUAGUUAUCUAAAACUCAUAUUAUGCCAAAGCUUACAUGUUACAUUUUGUAAUAUUUUUACCUUUUGAUAUAAUUUUUGGUAUACUAUAAUUCUAUGAAAGUGAUAUUAAUAAAAUCAUAAUACGAGUUUU